AUGAAAGGACAGCGACACCAGUUCAUCCCUCCCCCUCCCCGAGGACCGCCCCCACGGUUCCAUCAUCCACCCCCUCCUGCUUUCAUCCCCCAGCAGUUUCACCCUCCACCACAUUUUGCUCCCGUGCCCCAACAGCAGCGAUUCGUGCCUCCACCGCCGCCACAGUUUCAUCAAGCGCCACCACCUCCGGCUUAUCAAUUCAUGCCGCCGCAACAACCGAAACAGACCAAACCAAUUCCAAAACCAAAGAACACCGAAAAUCCUCCUCCCCAGGCACCUAAGGCGAAAACAGCCGCGCCACAGGCUCCUUCUUGGCAAGUUAUGCCGCAACCAAUGUUCAUGAUGACUCCUGCUCAAGUGCCGAACGCACCGAAGCAACCAGCUGCGCCGAAACAGUUCGUUCCUCCUUUGCCCGUGUUUUACCCGCAGCCCCACUAUUACCAAGUAAUGCAUCCGGUUCCGUCUCAGCCACAAACACCGAAGCCGACAACAACCACAACCACAACGACAACUACGACACCGGAACCGGAACAGGAAACUGAACACAAAAAAGAAAACCCUGCACAGCCGAACCCGAGCUGCAAUUACUGGUUCGUUGAUCACGGGAUCUACAAGUGGUUUCCGUGUCCGAUGAUGAUAAUGCCAACUCACGCGCCUGUGACCGCGAAACCUACUCCGGCUCCAACCAACGCCCCACUGCCGCAAAUCAUCAAUGAAUGUGAUUAUUGGUAUAUUCAAAACGGCGUGUAUAAGUGGUACGCAUGCCCAACACCGCCACCGUUUCCCACUACGCAGGCGCCUGGACUUUUCGACUUCCUGUUUCUGCCCCAGACAACACUUCCGCCUAUCAACAUCCUUCCGGUUGUGCGACCGAGACCAGUUAAGGUUGAUAUCACUUACAAAGAAAUUGAAAGAGCCCGUUAA